GGAGUCGUUAUCCAGAAGGCUGUUGAUGACAUUUCAAUUCCACAAGGUUUAUCCGCACCAUAUCGAUCCAGCAGAAAAUCGUAUAUUUAUAUUAUUUCAAGUUAAUUAAAUUAUCUCUAUCAGUCUACGUUUUAAAUAUUUUGACGGAACGCGACGUGUCGUGUUAGAUAGCAUCUUCUUUCCAUUGAUAUUAAGGUUAAGGUGCAAAGUGAUCGCUGAGUACAUCAUGAAGACUCCGUUCUCGCAUGAAAUUGCGUGGUUCGUGUUUGAAAAUCAUCUGAGAUGUGAAGAUGGCUGCGAAGUCUGUAAGUCGUGUGCGCCAAAUCCAUUGAUUAAUAAGGCCGAGAUAAAAUGUAUCGCCUUAUUGUUUGCCACGCGAUUCACCGAACAGAAAAGACAGACCAAGAAUAAGGCUGUGGAACAGCAAGUGAUGGGAAGAUGGUGAGGGAGCAGUUUUGCAAUUGGUAUGGGUUCUCAAAGACUAGAAAUUUUGAGACAAGGCGUCUGGGCGAGCCUGACAGGAGGCUGGUUUUACGAUCCCCAUCUCGACGUUUUUUCAAAUACCUUUCACCUGUACAUUUGGCUCUUUCUACUCUGCUUACCGUUCACUAUAUAUCUUUAUUUCCCGCCAACUGUGUACGUUUGGGUGGCAUAUUGUUCUUCAAUCGGAGCAUUUUUUGGUACCAUAAAGUGUGUUAACCAUGCACUCCAUUGCAUGUAUGAUACCACAGAGUGUUUAGAGGAAUCAGGUCAUGCUAUCAGCCAGCAGAGAUUGGAAAGUGAAAAGAGACACACAGUGCUCAACAAAUGCAGGGAACAAUCACAAGAUCAAGUAGACAAUGGAAUAGAACUGCAAGUCUUAAAUGGGAAAACGGAUACACCACCUGUAGAAUGCUCAUCACGGAACUCUUUCAUAGAAUCAAACGCGCAAAACGCGGAUGCAGAUAGUAUAACGUCUGAGUAUAAUCAGGAUAAACCUAGUUCAACUAUAGAUUUAAAAGUAGAGAUUCACAGAAAAAAUAGCUCCGAAAGUUCGGAAGAGGCGCAGCAGCUGACUAAGCCAAUGGUAUCUAAUGCGAAUGCACACGAAGCGGAAUUAGCAUCUGCGCAAUACCAUGACCCGCGUUUUCGAAGCAUGAAGAGUGGAAGAAGGUUGAAAAGGCAGAGAUGCAUUGUGAUCAGCGAGGAACGGUUUCAACGGAAGUUAUGUAGACACGCGUCUGAAGAUUCGCGAAAUCGGCAUUCGAAGCAAAGCACGCUUGGUAAGACGGGGUCUGAGAGUCAAAUAAAACAAACGAGCUCGUUCGAAUUGGAGAAUCAAGGAGAUGAUUAUUCGUACUGGAAAUCAAAUCAAAGUGUUCGGCGUCUAAAUUCUAAUUCGAUUCCAAUGGAAACUCAUUUAAUGAACGAUCAUCCGCAGAGCUUGGAAAUUAUAUCGAAGAAAGAGGACGCUGAGAAAAAUAAAAUUUCGUCGCAUCCACAAUCUUUAGAGGUUAUUACGAAGAAACCGCAUCAACCACUUAUUCAUCCACAAAGUCUUGAAACAAUUGGUGCUACUAAUAAAAAUGUGAACUCUACAGAUGACAAUAAUUUGCCUCUUCAUCCACAAAGUCUUGAAACAAUUAAUACUAAAAAGGUAUUACCUCAAAAUACGUUAAAAAAAAAUCAAUUACAAUUAUUACCAUAUCUUAGUUAUGGGUCAGAAAUAGUACAUUCUAUAGCGGAACAAAGCGAUGAACAAUUUGCUAAUGAAAGCUCUGGAGGGUACAGCCUUCAGGAUUCCUAUAGUCCGUUACUUACACGAAAAAAUUGUGAAACUAAUGCUACCUCUAAUCGAGACAGAAGUCUUAGCACUAGCCGAUUUGAAGAUAGAUUUACAAGAUUCAACGAAGACGGCGGCGUGGAUAACGAUUCUGCAAAUUCUCGCGACGCGUUGAUCGAGGAAUCAAAAUCUGGUGUUAAAAGGAGAUACAGCAAUGCAAGCCAAAGCAGUCAUGAAUUCUCGGAUUUGGAAAACUUGUUUAAGGACAAGCAAGACAAAUCAAAAAAUAUGGAUGAUCCGUUGAAUGUGGGAAGUGUAGUUGGAAUAGGUCAAUUGUUUGAGAGAAUCGAUUGCGCAGUAGAAUCACGAACAAACAAAGGACUACACAAUAAAGAAUCGGAUUGCGGUUCUUCUAGCAUGAUGCCUUUCGAUUAUACGACGUAUUCAUCGAAUAUGGAAAACGAGGUGAAAAGAAUGUUGCUCCCACAAGUAGAAACAGAUAACAAGCGACACCAAGGAGCAAUACCCAAACAAAGCCGUCCAAUGCCAGCAGAGACUAUACACGAUAGUAUUGCGACUACCGAACCAACCCGGCCGAAAAUGAAACGAACGUUGGAAUUCAACAAACUUGAGCAAACCUGUGGUUCGAACAACGAGUUAAGUACACUAAGUCUUGCAUCCUUCUUGUUAACCACGUCAUUGUCUUCGGAUCCUGGUCAAUCGGGCACAGUGUCCGCCUUAAGAUUAAGUCGCAACUCAGAGACACGAACUGCCCGUAAAAGGCGCGGUCCAUUGAAUCCAUGUUCAAUCAGGCGGCAGCGUUUUUCGCGUGAGAGAAGUCGAGAGGACAACGUUGUACCGCUUACUGCUUUAUAUGGAUUGAUAUCGAACGAUUUGGUUACCCAUCCUAAUGACACCGUCGAGGCGACGGUGCCUUACUUACGGGACGAGAAAGUGCGCUGGCUCACUUACACCAUCGACGACAAAAGAGGCGUUGCCACGGCUGCCCACGUUCCUCCCAAUAACGAGAAAUUGUUAAACACGUUACUACGUCAACAGCUUAAUCAAAAUUUACAUUACGACGCCAAUUGGGAAUUACUGGAUUCGCUGAGCAACAGUUAUAGCAGUUUAUCUUUGAAUUCUCCCGACUUGAGUGUUAUAAUAGACACGCCUCCAGUUUUGUCCAGUCCAGAGAGCAAUCAAACGAAGGCGCAGAACUCGUUAUCAUCGAAUCCAGUAGAAACUUCGGAACGCGAUCAAUUCCAUCAAAAUAAUGGGAAUUCCAUUCAAUGCGGCGUCGAGGCUAUGGAUCGAGAUCAAUUUCAUCAAGAUAUAUUGACCCGAAUUGAGUCGAUGACGGAGAGGAAUCAACGAUUACGGAACAUAUUGGGAUAUUUUAAUUUGAAUAUUUACCCGGCAGACUCGAAUCGCCGUGCAAGAUCCGCGUUAACAUUGCAAACGUGUGCGGUUGGUGAUAUAAAUACGAGUUUGUCUUGGAAUCGACUUAUCGGUAGUUUAGGCGGAUCCGAAUCCAAGCCUAAACAGUCAAGAGAAGAUAAACAAUAUUAUUACAAAUGGAAAGUUGGAAAAUUGCCGCAUGUCAAAGUGCGAUUCGAUCGUUUAUUUUUGUUGGCCUUGUUAGAUCGAAACCUGACAAUUUUUGAAACCAUCGUUUCGACGUUCUUAGCUGUGGCUGUCGCAGGAUUGGGCUUGACACUGCUCCAUCAAGGAUUCUACCGUGACAUAUUCGCGUUCAUGUUUUGCUUCGUAACCGCCGGAUGUCAAUAUUCAUUAUUAAAAUCUGUGCAGCCCGAUGCCGCCUCACCGACGCACGGGUUCAACCGUAUUAUAGUAUUUUCACGACCCGUCUAUUACAUAUUAUGCUCAGGAUUCAUAUUGAUCUUCAACGAAUCGUUAAGAAACUUUAAAGCGUCCGAGUUCCGAAUAUAUGGCUUGCGAAUUACUGAUUACGAUGUCAUAUUACAAAUUCGUAACGUUUUAUUAAUUUUCCUUUUGUGCUUCCCUAUUAUUUUCUCGUUAGGCCUGCUGCCUCAAAUCAAUACUUUUCUAAUGUAUCUCUGCGAGCAUAUAGACAUUCAUCUAUUUGGCGGGAACGCAACUACGAGUUUAGUGUCAUCGAUUUAUUGCCUUUGCCGUAGCAUCGUCACCGUUGUUAUAUUGUACGGGUUUGCUUAUGGAGCGCUUACAGAGCCUAAAUCCUCGCAGCAUAUUUUAUUUUCCAUUUUUGCCGGCUUAUUAGUCGCCAUAUCGUAUCAUUUAAGUCGUUCGUCUUCGGAUCCUACCGUGAUAUGGGAUAUAGUUAAAACAAAUUUGUGGCCGCCGGAAAUUUAUACAGAAGAGAAGGAAGCGAAAAUUAUUGAGAACACGUCGCGAAGGGAAACUGUACCUACGACGUACAAAGAAGCGAAGAUUCGAACUUGUGGGAGGAAGAAACAUGUUAAGAUCAAAGUUGGAGAACAGAUGUCGGACACGGAAUUGGUAGACCCGCUACCAGAGAAGUUGCGAGCAACGGUGAAUGCAAGAUUGAAGAACGACUUGAUAGUCUGCGCAGUGAUCGGUACUUUGUCUUUUGGAAUUCAUUGUUCGACUGUAUUCACAGCUUUGCAACCGGAACUGAAUCCGGUUUUAUGGGGUAUAGCAAGCUGCCUCGGAUUUCUGUUACAUUAUAUUGUACCGCAGCUCCGUAAACAAUUACCCUGGCUGUGCUUAUCAAGACCCGUGUUACGCAGCCACGAACACGCACAAUUCGAAGUUUGCGAGCCAGUGAAAAUUAUGUGGUUUGAGAAAGCAUACGUUUGUCUCUGUUUUGUGGAAAGGAAUGUUCUCUAUCCGGUUGUAUUCCUGGGCGCGCUCACGGAAUGCUCUUCGAAGAUCGUUUCGAAAUUCGGCGAAAGCAUAGGAGCGUUGAUCAUAGUGGUAUGCGGAUUGAAGUCACUGAGAUCUGCAUACUCCGAUCCGUCGACGCGUUACCUGGUCCUGAUCUUCGCCGUUCUGUUUUUCAAGUUGGAUGUCCGAGACCUCAGUGAAACGUUCCUGGUCGAUUACUUCGUCACUGGAAUUGCGUUCGCGAAAAUUUACGAGGACUUCUCCAAAUAUUCCUUCU